CUCCCAAACUUUUUUGCUAUAAAAAAGUUUGGGAUGACGUGGCGGAAAAAAAAAAAGAGAACUGUCAAAAUUGUUGGGAAAGAAUAAAUUCGUUGUUUGUGAAAAUUUACAUUUAAUUUUACAUUUUUAUACAGUCCGCUGCUAAAAUUGCUUAAGUAUUUCUUUGCCACACGUGUGCCAUUAAUUGUAGAAGUGGCAAACAUUCAAUCAAAGUGCUCAAUACGUGAAAAUUCGUGCUUAUUGUGGCGCAGUGAACUUCCCCACGAGGCCGGAAGAAAAAAUUUUUUUUUGUUCCUCCAAACCGGAGACAUUUAUUAACGCUGAGUAUAUCUGCAGGUGGGAUAUUUGCUGCCGGACAAAGAGACGACGCUUACUCCCUUAAAGUUGUGGGACCAUUACUAACGCUGAGUAUAUCUGCAGGUGGGAUAUUUGCUGCCGGACAAAGAGACGACGCUUACUCCCUUAAAGUUGUGGGACCAUUGCUAACGCUGAGUAUAUCUGCAGGUGGGAUAUUUGCUGCCGGACAAAGAGACGACGCUUACUCCCUUAAAGUUGUGGGACCAUUACUAACGCUGAGUAUAUCUGCAGGUGGGAUAUUUGCUGCCGGACAAAGAGACGACGCUUACUCCCUUAAAGUUGUGGGACCAUUACUAACGCUGAGUAUAUCUGCAGGUGGGAUAUUUGCUGCCGGACAAAGAGACGACGCUUACUCCCUUAAAGUUGUGGGACCAUUGCUAACGCUGAGUAUAUCUGCAGGUGGGAUAUUUGCUGCCGGACAAAGAGACGACGCUUACUCCCUUAAAGUUGUGGGACCAUUACUAACGCUGAGUAUAUCUGCAGGUAGGAUUAUUUCACCCAACAUUUUUUUGGACCUUCAAGCCGCUCGAAGCUACAAGCAAGAAGUUUUAGUCGUCGAUCCGUGCGAAGUCAUACAACGCUUGAUUUCAUCAAUGUGUGCGGAAUGGAAGACAGCUUCGUCAGCGACCAUGACCAUUCAAUAUGACUUAAGAAGGAUCCAACAUUAUUUGGACCUUCAAGCCACUCGAAGCUACAAGGAAGAAGUUUUUUUGUUUUCAAUCCGUGUGAAGUCAUACAAUCUUUGAUUUCAUCAAUGUGUGCGGAAUGGAAGACAGCUUCGUUAGCGACUAUGGCAAUUCAUUAUGAUUUAAGAAAGAUAUAUCAAGACAGGAUAAAUGAGGUGGACACCGCUCUUGAGGAAUUCGUCAAAAAUCCUAUGUUGUUGAGGAGACAGGAAGCGAUAAUUGAGUUAGAGACGCAUAGAGAAAUCAUCAAACAUCUCGAAGCAAUGUUCAAAGAAGUUCAAGCAAGUAUUAUAAAGGAGACAAAAACUCUAGAUAUGAAGCAAAAGGAACAACUAGAACUAUACAACUUCGGCACAAAAUGCAUAACUCGCUGCUCAAAAAUCGCCAACCUACUCAUCACGGCAUACAGACAGGAGAAGAUGCUUCCACCCAGACCAGGAGAAAUCUCAAAGGUACAACUGACCACAACAAGGAAUCAGCACCUAGAAGAACAAAGACUCCAUAGGCAGGGAAAUCAAAAUGGAUCAUUAGAAAGGACAUCUGCAGUUCCGCAAGUUUCUGAUCUGGAAUCGGCGAAAAUUCUGAAGUUUACGAGAUCCGAAGAGAAAUGGCAAUCAUCCAGAAAUCUCUGUGUGGUAAAUUACAGCGAAAAUCCUCACCUCACAAAGGCACAAGGGCUACAACCCCAUCAAGUUGAUAUAUCUAAAUUCAAUGUUUCAAUUGAUCUUUUCGUGAAUUCAUCUGUGCAAACAGCAGAUGAUGCCCUGAAUCAAUACACGCAACUUGAACCACAAGUGACAACUCUCGCAGGUUCAAGACCGAUAAGUGGGGCAAGGGCCAAUGUCCUAUUCACAACGGCAACAGUGGAUAUCCCUGACAAAUUCAACAGCAACAGGAAGUGCAGGAUCAUUCUGGACCCAGGAUCACAAGUAAAAUUCACGAGUGCCAACCUGAGCCAGCAAUUGAAACCGAAAUGCCAAACCACAAAUUUUACUGUUGAUGGGAUCAAUAAAAAUUCUCAAAAUCGCAACAAGGAGUCACAAAGGACGAUUCUCAAUGAGGAAAACGAGGCACAACCAGCCCAAGAUGUAUUAUGCUCAGUCAUGCAAAUGAUCACAAAGGAUCAAUCAAACUGGCGAGUAAAUAAAUUUAAAGUCCACACUCCGGGACAGUACAAAUUAACUGAACCAAAGUGGCAAAUCCAUCUGAAAGAUGACAUGCUCAUAGGGGGAGCAACGAUUCAGAAUUGGGUCGGAGAGAAGAAGUACGAAAUCAGAAACGUCAAAAUCAUAGUACAUAACGGUUUUCGUGGAUCGGCGAAAGUCAACAUUUCUUCCAAAUUUCUCUCCCCAAAAAUCACAGCAUACAAUUUUAUCUGCAUCAAUGCAGAAUUGUCUAAAGUGAUGACAAUUGCCUUCUAUGCCGAAAACUGCCAUGUUUGGACGGAAGCUGAUGGGAAUCUCAGUCAAGCAGACAACUCUAAGCCAAACCAGGAAGGAUUAAUUUGCCAGAUGAACGAGGAACCACAAACUUCACAACGGAAGCAUAGUUUCAAACGGCAACAUCAGGCAAAUUUAGUCUUGCAAAGGAGAACCGUCAAACAACAAGCAGAAAAUCGUCUUGAGGAUUCAUUGGAAGAGAUCAACCGAGGAACACCAAUGAUCACAACAAUGGUAGGAGAUCUGAGUAACACACAAUCGUUGGAAGCGAAGGACAACCCCUGAGACUGAGUCGAAGAUCCGUUGGAACGCAUGAGGAAUCUCAAGUGAAAUACCACAAGUUCCCUCAAGGAGAAUUCACAAAGCUCAUCAUACAGGAAGAUCACAUCAAAUCGCUUUAAGUUGCUCACAAUUCAUUUUAUGCAUAUUGGAAUUAUCCUAUAGUGUUUGUGAGGACGUAAAAGGUGUAGGCAAAUCAAACCAACAAUUAAUUACCCAUAAGAAGACCAAGACAUGUAUCACGGAAGGGUUGAUGGGGGAGCGAUCUACUGCAAGGUCAGUUUGUUGGGUCGACGGAAACUCUAGAGGGUACGGUCGCGCACCCUAUUCCGAAGAUACUCGUAUGGGGUUAAAGGGAAUUUAUUGGAAAAAAAAAUCGUAAGUCUUCUUUGCAUUUAAAAUUUAUUAAGUAAAAUUUCUUUGGUGAAGGUAAAUCUUAAUCAGAAAGGGUCUUGAAUUUUGAAUUAUGGGAAAAAUCAAUAAGGGUAUAAUUAUUAUUUAUCUUAUAAUUAUUUUAUAUAAAAAACUAAA